AUGAGCCGGCCGAGUCCUCAUGCUCCCACCUCGACUCGAUCCGCCUCUUCGCCCCCAGUGGGCCGCUCUCCAAUUGGCAGGGACACCACCAACGCAGAGUCGCAUUUGCAUCCUAGCGACCAUCUGGCUGCUAUCGACCAGGGUCUGAAUGAUACAAGGGUGCCACCGCCGAUAUACUUGAGAGGAUCGAGUGCGGGGGGUAUCAGUAACAAGGGCGAGAUCAAAAUUCAUCUAUCACAAUGGUAUGGCUACGUUCAGACUACUAUGCGCCCAAGCUCAAGUGAUUAUAGGAGAAAAGCCCAAGUCCGGCCGCCUCGCCCGUUCGACAACCUGUCUGACCAAGGUAUCAUCAGUCCACCAAGCGAGGAUACAGUCGUACAAGGCUCGCUAGAAAUCAUCAUGAACGAGGGCGUCCGAGCCAAAGCCAUCUCUGUUGGUGUCCAGAGCGUCUGUCGGUUGUACCUGGGCCUGGACAGGGGGUGGGAGGAAGACGGUAUCUUUGAGCGGGGGAUUGAGAUACUGGGAGACCGCGAAGAAGGGAUCUGGCUGGAAAAGGGCAGCCAGUCGUUCAGUUUCACCAUUGUUCUUCCUGGCACCCUCGCCGUCACCGCCAACAGCACUUUCGGACGAGUGACCCACAUCGUCACUGCCAGAGUCGAGGGAGGGGAAGCCGCAUCGUACUUUUCUUCCUUUAUCAGCAAAGCGUUUUCUCCGCCGUCCAUCCCCAGCAAGAUCUCCAACAUAGGGGAUUUCGAUAGGGUCAUCGCUCGUUCAGACGAGCUAGCCCUGCGUAGAUCCCGGAGCGCGUCAACUUCUCGAGCGGUGCCCAACAACGGUCCGGCCAUGGACGGCCGGACAUCUCGCGACUCUGAAGAUUCCGGUCAAGGUAGCACCAUCGUCACAGCAGAAGGAUCACCAUCCGUCUUGGGUCUAUACACCAGACGACCAUCCUUUGAAUCAUCUCCCGCACGCUCGCCCCGUCGACUUCCAAUCACGCCAGAUGGAGAGUGCCCCAGUCCCGUGUUCAGCCCUCUGAAUGGAGAGAAGAGUGGCUGGAUGAAAGGCGAUUUGACGUCACAUGACGGCCUCAUUGUAUUUGCCGUAUCGCCGUAUACAGGCGAUGGCAUGACUUUGGAUGUCCGGAAAGAAGGGCUCGUCGAUGGCCUGGGUCUGUGGAGGUUCACCGCUGGUGCUGAUGUCUUUACGGUAGGAUCCGUCCUCAUGCUAUCCGUCUCCAUUUCAAGUCCCUCGCCGAAAACCACGAUAUUCUACACGCGCUUUCUCUUGUCUGAAGAUUACACCAUCACAUCCCCUCGUACGCCCAACCUGCCUGCAACGAGGCCUGAAAGCGCUCAACGACAUUUGCUCUACCAGCUCGGACGGCCGCAUAAGCCAGGCGAGAAGAGGCCAGGCAGGGAUGUUGAUGCACUCUGGCGCGGUGCGGGGGUUGGGGGCUGUCCAGAAGAGGCGGGGUGGAAAAUCAAAGCCAUGGCGAGGGCCCCUGGGCAUAUGAAGAUUAAGCCUACAACACAUGAAAGGACCAUCACUCCACUGCGCAUCUCUCACGAUCUCAUUUUUCAGAUCUACUACUCUGUCGAUGGCGAAAAGGUAGAUGGGGAGCCUAUCGACGGCCCCGGGGAACUGCGAGUCAUGCAGAUCAAGGUCCCGGUCAUCAUGUCAUCCUGUCACUGUGUGAAAGAUGCUCUCAGCUUGCCCACGUAUGAGACGGCUCAGUGUGCUCAUCGAGGAGACGGUCCAUUCUUUGACAUUCCGAUGGAUCUCAAGAUGUACUGCGUAUGUCGGUCUUCCUUCGCAGAGCUCGGGGAGGCUGCGAUGAGGAGGUCACAGGGGAACGAGAGGGAGGAACACGAGGAGCGGCCGGUCGAGGGGUCGGGAGACAAAGCCAGGGAGGAUAUGGCGAAUCAGGGGUCAAAUUGA